GCUCGCUAAGGAAUCAUUUUUUUCCAAAUUUUGUUUUUUUUGGGAGACUUUGAUAGUCAAUUCCUAGACAACUUUUUCUCACUGUUGUGGAAGAAUGUUUCUUUUCUCCAUCUCAAAUAGUAUAAUGCCUAUACAAAAUGUGUAUAUACACUACAUUUGCCUCUCUCCUAUAAAUUUGGUACGUUCUGUGAGCUCCUUCAGGUUUUGCUUGUCUGAUAAUAGGAGCUCUGCAUCUUCUUGUAAAGUCACUUGGAUUUGAUGGGUAAGACAAUUGACUUGGCUGGGUUUCAUUGCCUUGUGUCUGAGGAAACUGUUAAGGAAUUGGUAGAGCAAUACACAGGAACGGGAACUGUAUAUCUUGUACAGGUUAAGGAGCCCAGAAAAAAAGAGUCAAGAGUAUAUGCCAGAGUUCAAUUCACAACUGUUGAAAAUGCUGAUCUUAUUAUCUCUUUGGCAGAUGAAAGGAAAAUAUAUUAUGAAACUUCUUAUUUGAAGGCUUACCCAAAGGAAUUUGAUAUUGAACGAGAGCGAAAGGUGUACGUGCAUGACAUGGAGGCUGAAACUUUGUAUUUUGGAUGUCAGACCUCAAAGGACAUGUUUUCAGUGCUGUGGAAAAGUGAAAAUGUCCCUGUGGAAUUUUGGUUUCACCGAAGAAAACUGCGUUUCUUCCUGUCCUACCUUUCUGUCGAGUACAAGCUUGAGCUACUUUAUGAGAACAUCUGGCAGAUUGAGCUUCGUUGUCCACCUGAUAAAUCCGAAAAAUUUCUUCUUAUUCAGUUGCUUGGUGCUUGUCAAAUCUACAAGAAAUGUGAAGAAUCUGCUGACAGCUAUUCUAAGGAAACUCCUGAGUACCAAUGGGUCAGGGAAACUGAUUUCACUCCAUUAUUCUGCCUUGGUCAAUCUUCUGCUAUAUGUUUGGAGCUUCCGUCUGGUGUUCCAGUUCUAAACUUCAGUGAAUAUUUUGCUUAUUAUAAAGAAAAUGAAGGCCCAUUCAUUUUGGAGAGUGGUCUCCCUUUUUCUUGCAAUUUGGAUCUAGUACCCAUUGUGGGUCCUCCUCAUGAACUUGACUUGCCAUAUAAAAUAUUAUUUAAGAUCUGUAUAUUGGUUCAGCAAGGGUACCUUGCAGGACCAACACUUGAUAAUAAUUUCUAUCGGUUAGUUAAUCCGCAGAGAAUGAACAUCGCACUUAUAGAGCAUGCCCUAGAGAAGCUAUAUCAUUCGAAAGAAUGCUGCUAUGAACCUGUAAGGUGGCUUGUGGAGCAAUAUAUAAAAUACCCCACCUUAAGGAAACUUCCCAAAACACCUGAUAUUACUUUAGACAACGGAUUGAUGUAUGUACAUAGGGUUCAAAUAACCCCAUGCAAAGUGUUUUUCUCUGGUCCAGAGGUUAAUAUGUCUAAUCGUGUUUUACGCCAUUAUUCUGAAUAUAUUGAUAAUUUUCUCCGGGUUUCUUUUGUUGAUGAGGAAUUCGAUAAGUUGUUUUCAACAGAUUUAUCCCCACGGGUAGCUUCUUCAAAUGAGGAAACAAGAACCGGCAUUUAUAGAAGGAUACUGUCGAUUCUUAGAGAUGGAAUUGUUAUUGGAAAUAAGAAGUUCGAUUUUCUUGCCUUCUCGUCAAGUCAGUUAAAGGGAAAUUCUGUAUGGAUGUUUGCUUCAAGUGAUCGGGUUACUGCUGCUGAUAUAAGAAAGUGGAUGGGUGAUUUUCGUCGGAUUAGAAAUGUGGCUAAAUAUGCUGCUAGACUUGGUCAAUCUUUCAGUUCCUCUAGGGAAACUUUGAGUGUUAGUAGGCAUGAAAUUGAACCUAUUCCUGAUGUAGAGGUUGUAACAGGUGGAAACAAAUAUGUUUUCUCUGAUGGAAUUGGGAAAAUAUCUGCUGACUUUGCUCAGAGUGUGGCCAAGAAAUGUGGUCUUGAACUUACUCCAUCUGCCUUUCAGAUUCGAUAUGGUGGGUACAAAGGAGUUGUGGCUGUUGAUCCCUCAUCAUCAAUGAAAAUGUCAUUGAGAAUGAGUAUGUCUAAAUAUGAGUCAGACCACACAAAAUUGGAUGUUUUGAGAUGGAGCGGUUAUAUGCCUUCUUUCUUGAAUCGCCAAUUUAUCACUCUUUUGUCUACACUUGGGGUUGAGGAUCAUAUCUUUGAAAAAAGGCAAAGUGAAGUAAUAGAAGAAUUGGAUAACAUGUUAACAGAUUCGUUAAGGGCAUGGGAGGCAUUGGAAUUGAUGUGUACAGGAGAGAACACCAACAUUCUCAAGGAAAUGCUUUUGUGUGGGUAUAAGCCUGAUGCUGAACCAUUCCUCUCGAUGAUGUUGCAAACAUUUAGGGCAGCAAAGUUGCUGGGACUACGGACUAAAGCAAGGAUAUUUGUUCCAAAGGGAAGGUUCAUGUUGGGAUGUCUAGAUGAAACCAGAACCUUGGAAUAUGGGCAGGUUUUUGUGCAAAUUUCUGGGGUUGGUCAUAGGGCAUUUUAUGAUGAUUCCCUUCUCAUGCCUAGUGACAGUGACUCAGACCAGCCUAAUUUUAUUGUUCAAGGGAAGGUAUUUGUUGCUAAAAAUCCUUGCUUGCAUCCGGGUGAUGUUCGUGUCUUAAAUGCUGUUAAUGUGCCAGCUUUGCACCAUAUGGUGGAUUGUGUUGUUUUUCCACAGAAAGGAUUGAGACCUCAUCCGAAUGAAUGUUCUGGGAGUGAUUUGGAUGGAGACAUUUAUUUUGUCUGUUGGGACCCUGAUCUGAUUCCACCGCAGCAAGUUAAACCCAUGGACUAUACUUCUGCACCUAGUAUGCUGUUGGAUCAUGAUGUCACAAUUGAGGAAGUCCAGGAAUAUUUUGCAAACUACAUAGUUAACAACAGUUUAGGAAUCAUUUCGAAUGCCCACACAGUUUUUGCAGAUAAAGAACCUUCGAAAGCAAUGAGCGAUCCUUGUAUAGCGCUGGCAAAGCUAUCCUCGAUUGCAGUUGACUUCGCAAAGACUGGUGUGCCGGCUGAGAUACCGCCAGAUUUGCGUGUCAAAGAAUAUCCAGAUUUUAUGGAAAAGUCUGACAAGUCCACCUAUGAAUCAAAACGUGUGCUGGGAAAGCUCUUCCGGGCAGUGAAAGACAUUUCGCCACAGUCGAGCUCUAUCAAAUCCUUCACGAAGGAAGUGGCAGAGAAUUCGUAUGAUCCUGAUAUGGAAGUGGAUGGUUUUGAGGAUUACAUAGACGAUGCUUUUGAUUGCAAAAAUGUGUAUGAUGACAAGUUGGGAAACCUUAUGGAUUGUUAUGGGAUCCAAACAGAAGGUGAAAUACUCAGUGGCAGUAUUAUGACAAUGUCGAAAUUUUUUGACCAGAAAAAAGCUGAGAAAGAUGUUGGCUUUGCCGUGAGGUCGUUGAGGAAGGAAGCAAGGUCAUGGUUCAACACAAGUGGAAGUGAAUCAGAUGCUGAAACCGAUGACGUAUACGCAAAAGCAUCUGCUUGGUACUAUGUUACCUAUCAUCCUAGUUAUUGGGGUCGCUCUAACGAGGGAACGGAUCGCGAGCAUUUCCUUAGCUUUCCGUGGUGUGUUUAUGAUAAGCUGAUCCACAUCAAGAAGGAGAAAUCUAGGAGGCUUCUCCAUAUGUCCUCCGUUGAAAAACAACUCAGUUCUGGAUUGAGCUUGGGAUAGAAAGUCAGCGUCACGCAGGUUUGAUGUUGUCAUUUUGAAGCAUUUAAACAUGGCGUAAACUGUGCAAUAUCACUCGACAAAAUGUUAGUAUGAUGUGUAUGUAUUUUAUCUUCGCUAUGGAUUUUGGGUGUUUAUUUUCCUGAAUUAUUUGAUGUAAAUGAACCAUGCUGAUGAUUGGGAGUGUAGUGUAUUGUCUUUUUUUCUCA